GAGAGAGAGAGAGAGAGAGAGAGAGAGAGAGAAUGCGUGUCAGAGACAGCCCGGGAGACAGACAGCCAGAAACAAUAAGGUUAGACACACAUCGGAAAAUAGGGAAGAAACAGGCCCAGGAAGCAGGAGAGGGAGGGAGGGAAAGACGCGGCCAGAGCCACCUUUACACCGCUGCUCAGGAGGGGUCUCAGGACAGCCUCGCAUCCCUUCCCUACAAUCCUUAAAUCCUCUCUCGCUUGCUCGGGGCCCUCCGCAUCUGUCACAACCGCGUCCUGACCCGACAGCCAGCGGCUGGCGCAGCCGGCGAGUCGAUGGCCAGGCCCCGGAGCACCCUGGAGCCGCUGCUGCUGGCGCUGCUGUCGUCGCUGGCGGUGCUGCUGCUGGCGCAGGCUGGCGCGGAGGGCGCGGCGGGCUCGGUGCGCCUGGCGGGCGGCCUCACGCUGGGCGGCCUGUUCCCGGUGCACGCGCGGGGCGCGGCGGGCAGAGUGUGCGGACCCCUGAAGAAGGAGCAGGGCGUGCACCGGCUGGAGGCCAUGCUGUACGCCCUGGACCGCGUCAACGCUGACCCGGAGCUGCUGCCGGGAGUGCGCCUGGGCGCGCGGCUGCUCGACACCUGCUCGCGCGACACGUACGCGCUGGAGCAGGCGCUGAGCUUCGUGCAGGCGCUGAUCCGCGGCCGCGGCAACGGCGACGAAGCGGGCGUGCGCUGCCCAGGCGGCGUUCCCCAGCUGCGCGCCGCGCCCCCCGAGCGCGUCGUGGCUGUCGUGGGCGCCUCUGCCAGCUCCGUCUCCAUUAUGGUCGCCAACGUGCUGCGCCUGUUUGCGAUCCCUCAGAUCAGCUACGCCUCCACGGCUCCUGAGCUCAGUGACUCCACACGCUACGACUUCUUCUCCCGAGUGGUGCCGCCUGACUCCUACCAGGCCCAGGCCAUGGUGGAUAUCGUGCGGGCAGUGGGAUGGAACUAUGUGUCCACGCUGGCCUCUGAAGGCAACUAUGGCGAGAGCGGGGUCGAGGCCUUCAUACAGAUCUCCCGCGAGGCUGGUGAGCUGGGGGCAGGAGGGUCAGAGGCACCGAGGAGCCUACAGAGGGGGGGCGUCUGUAUUGCCCAGUCCAUCAAGAUUCCUAGAGAACCAAAGCCAGGAGAAUUCAACAAGGUGAUCCGGCGACUCAUGGAGACUCCUAAUGCCCGUGGCAUCAUCAUCUUUGCCAACGAGGAUGACAUCAGGAGGGUCCUAGAGGCUGCACGCCUGGCCAACCUGACUGGCCACUUCCUGUGGGUUGGCUCAGACAGCUGGGGAGCCAAGACCGCACCCAUCCUGAACCUGGAGGAUGUGGCAAUGGGAGCUGUCACCAUCCUGCCCAAAAGGGCCUCCAUCAACGGAUUUGACCAGUACUUCAUGACCCGCUCCCUGGAGAACAACCGCCGGAACAUCUGGUUCGCAGAGUUCUGGGAAGAGAAUUUUAACUGCAAACUGACCAGCUCAGGUGCCCAGUCAGACGACUCCACCCGCAAAUGCACAGGUGAGGAACGCAUCGGCCGGGACUCUGCCUACAAGCAGGAGGGGAAGGUGCAGUUUGUGAUUGACGCCGUGUACGCCAUUGCCCACGCCCUGCAUAGCAUGCACCAGGUGCUCUGUCCUGGGCACACAGGCCUGUGCUCCGCAAUGGAGCCCACCGACGGGCGGACGCUGCUGCAGUAUAUUCGAGCUGUCCGCUUCAACGGUAGCGCCGGAACGCCGGUAAUGUUCAACGAGAAUGGGGAUGCACCGGGGAGAUACGACAUCUUCCAGUACCAGGCGGCCAACGGCAGUGCGGGCAGCGGCGGCUACCAGGCGGUGGGCCAGUGGGCAGAGACCCUCAGGUUGGAUGUGGAAGCCCUACAGUGGUCGGGGGACCCCCAGGAGGUGCCGACGUCUCAGUGCAGCCUCCCCUGUGGGCCGGGUGAGCGGAAGAAGAUGGUGAAGGGUGUGCCCUGCUGCUGGCACUGUGAGGCCUGCGAUGGGUACCGCUUCCAGGCCGAUGAGUUCACGUGCGAGGCCUGCCCGGGCGACAUGCGGCCCACGCGCAACCGCACAGGCUGCCGCCCCACGCCCGUGGUCAGCCUCACCUGGGCCUCACCCUGGGCUGCACCGCCGCUCCUCCUGGCCAUACUGGGCAUCACGGCCACCACGGUAGUUGUGGCCACCUUCGUGCGGCACAACAACACACCCAUCGUCCGGGCCUCGGGUCGCGAGCUCAGCUACAUGCUGCUCACCGGCAUCUUCCUGAUCUAUGCCAUCACCUUCCUCAUGGUGGCCAAGCCCGGGGGGGCGGUCUGCGCCGCCCGGAGACUCUUCCUCGGCCUGGGCACCACCCUCAGCUACUCGGCCCUGUUCACCAAGACCAACCGCAUCUACCGCAUCUUCGAGCAGGGGAAGCGCUCCGUCACGCCCCCGCCCUUCAUUAGCCCCACCUCGCAGCUCGUUAUCACCUUCUGCCUCACCUCUGUGCAGGUGGUGGGAGUGAUGGCAUGGCUGGGGGCCCAGCCCCCCCACAGUGUGAUUGAUUAUGAGGAGCAGCGGACGGUGGACCCGGAGCAAGCCAGAGGGGUGCUCAAGUGCGACAUGUCAGAUCUGUCCCUCAUCGGCUGCCUGGGCUAUAGCCUCCUGCUCAUGGCCACAUGCACGGUGUAUGCCAUCAAGGCCCGUGGUGUGCCCGAGACCUUCAAUGAGGCCAAGCCCAUCGGCUUCACCAUGUACACCACCUGCAUCAUCUGGCUGGCCUUUGUGCCCAUCUUCUUUGGCACUGCCCAGUCAGCUGAAAAGAUAUACAUCCAAACUACCACACUGACUGUGUCCUUGAGCCUGAGUGCGUCGGUGUCCCUCGGUAUGCUCUAUGUACCCAAAGCCUACGUCAUCCUGUUCCACCCGGAGCAGAACGUGCAGAAGCGGAAGCGGAGCCUCAAGUUGACCUCCACUGUGGCAGCCCCACCCAAGGGUGAGGACACGGAGGUCCCCAAGUAGUGGGGGGGGAGGUAAAUGGGAUGCUCGUGUCCUCUCCUCUCUCCUCUCUUCUUUCCCUUGUUUCACGGUGGAAGCUGUGAGGAGUCCGGGCAUGCAGCGAAGGAGGUCCACGGAGGCCAUGCCCUGCAGGAUGGGACUCGCCUCCAGAAAGGCCUGGGCCUACAUGCCGAUGUUAUCUCUGCUGGUCAGUGUGUGUCGGCAUUAGACUUCUUCACCGCAGACUGGACUUUCUACUCACAGGGGGGAAUGGUCACCCAGAGGUGUCUACUUCUAGAGAGGGACUACAGUCACACUCUCUGGUCUGAAGUUGAGAGGUCACAGUGAAUCCCUGGGCUUGGCCCAGUGUGAGUGACAUUUCCACCUUGACCAACCACCAGAUCUAGGGAUCGGAUGGCGCGUGAGCGUGUAUAGACUCCUGAGUGAACUAGAGGGCUGGCGUUGGGGAGGAGCCGUCUCCACAGUAGAUGUGCGGGUCUGUAUUCUGGACUGAGGAGAGUGGGCCUGGCACGGAGGGACAGGGCCUUGGGUGCAACCCCUGUGAGAGAGGGUGGGCCUGCAGGGGCAGGGGAGUAAGCAGUGGGACAGGGUGCACCCCAUGAAGUUACUCGUGUAAGGGCCUUUCCCUUGGGAUCUGUCUCCUGGGAUCUGAGGGAUGUAACACUCAGAGUACAGCUUUUUUCCUUUCCCAUCUGUGCUCUGGCAUGUGACCCUGAAACCUUAAGAAAAUUAGAUGCAUUUGUACGGUUUAGUGGUGUGAGAAUAAACUAACAAGGCGGGGCAUUUGCCCUCCUCUGAUGCCUGUUGAGGGUUUGUGUUCAGGAGUUCCAGGUUGGGACCAGUGACAGAGAGAGUUGUGUCCAUGGUGAAGGUUAAUUCCAAGUGGAUAAAAUAGGAUAGAUAUAAAAACGCCUCUCUCCCAAUGCCCCCGGGAAGUCCCGUUUGGAAGGCAAGUGUGAGGCAUUGGGAGGAAGGCACUUGCUCUACCCAUGAGAGGAUGUUCACUUGUCAGUAAUUUUUUUUUUAACAUAAAGCUUGGUUUAGUGAUGGGAUUUUAUUUCCUUGGGGUAGAAUUUACAUUGAACACUGACUCUUUUUAUUUAUUUAUAAGUGUGAAUGCUUUACUAUGUAAUGGCCAGCAUCAUACAACGUAGAGAUCCUUCUCUAUACACAGUCUCUGGUGCAUAAAGAUUUUGACCUUGGGACUAGGUAUUUCUGCAUUCCUUAAAUGAAUAGGGCUUCUCCUCAGAAUAACAUUUUUGGUGUCCAGGGUCUCCUUCCUUACACAUGUUGCAUUCCUAGGGUUUGCUUCUCUGCAGUGUUAGUUAUAAGGUCUCAUGUGAGGCUGAAUGCUUUCCCAAAUUCAUUCUUUCACAGGACUUCUCUCCUGUGUGGGUUUUCUGAUGUAUAAUGACAUGUGUUUUCUUGCUGAAGGCUUUUCCCUAUCAGUGCUUUUUCUCCCAGACUAACUUGUAGAGUCAUUGAGCUCUGAUCUCCAAAUAAAGGUUUUCCUGCAUUUACUG